GCGGUGGCGGCGGCGGUCCAGACGUAUCACCAGCAGCUCAGCCAGGACGGGCCGAGCGGCAGCGGCGGACCGUAUCAGCAGAGCCCGACAACCACGACUACGAUCAUGACGGGGCCCACCACGACGGGGACGGUCUCGGAGCCCCUCCCGACGAUCCCGGAGCAGGUGGACGAGACGUGGGAGGUGCUGUCCGACGCCG